AUGGAACUUCAUAUGGAGUCGGAGAGGAAGAAAACCUUUCUUCCAGCACCGUCCACCGCACCGCCAGGUCUUCACGAUCCGAUGUCUACUCUUCAGGUUCCUCCCAAAACCAAUCCCGGAUGCGCUGUUAUGGCGCGGUUUCCUGUGCCACCGUUGUACAGAUCCAGAACAUCGGACGGCGAAACAACUGAUCUCCUCAUCUUCGGAUUCUCAAUCACCAAUAACUUCUUGCUGGACUUCUGCGAGAGGAAUCGCCUUGCGCCAAAUGAGGAGGACGCGGUUCGACGUCUGUACAAAGCGCACCUUCACAUCGGGUAUACAAUUGAACGGAAAUUCGACGCGCACUGCGUCGACCUCGUGGAUGACGACCCUGAUCUUUUCAGUCGAGAGACUUUCUGCGUAGCAGUCACCUCGAAUCGAACCAACAAGCACCUCAAACGCAUGCAGACCUACCCGCACCUCGAGAAGCUUGCUGAAUUCUUGGGCCUGCCUGUAGAUGCAGCGGAGUGGAUGUAUCCAGACCGAGCUGACGCCCUCCAGGUGAUACAAGACGGUAUUGGGGUCAUCUAG